GGGAAGGAACAAGCAUCGACAUAAAUAACCUUUACGUACGCUACAAGGAAAGGAGUGUAAAUGUAGGGCAAUUUUUCGCUGUAUUAUUCUAGACACAACUGACCAUCAUGAGUGGAUGCUUGGAUCAGAUGUACUGUCCCGAUUUCGAGGUGAUUUCGGAGAGGAGGAACUUAAUUUCAUCAGUUUCUGCUGGAGUUUUGUUUUUCAUUGGCUGGUGGAUCAUGAUAGACGCAGCAGCUACAAAAGAUUUUGAGCAUGCCUACCAUACCCCUGGUGUCAUAUCGUCUUUAGCUGUCUUUAUGGUGAAUGCAGUGUCAAAUGCACAGGUCAGAGGAGAAAUUUACAACACUGGGUGCAUUGGACAAACAGGUGCCAGGGUCUGGCUCAUAAUGGGUUUUGUAUUAUUGUUUGGGGGUUUGAUUGCAGCAAGUUGGAUCCUUUUUGGUGCUUAUGUUGCUCCAGCUGUUUCAGACCCAUGGCCAGGAGUGGCAAUCUUUUUGCAGAAUGCUUUGAUUUUCUUCAGUGCAAUUGUUUUUAAGUUUGGACGGACAGAAGAAAAUUGGUAGAACUUUAUUUGGUUUUGAGCUCUUAGUGAAAUUUAAAUCUGACAGAUGCUACAGGACAUUUUGUCAAAAGGUUCUGGAGCAGAUAUUUUUAAGUAUUUAAGUUUUUGUACAGUAUUUUGUAAGAAAGGGCCAGGGAUUUGGUUUUCAUUCUAAAUUGGCAAAUAUCUCGAUAAUAGGCCAUUUUCCGAGUUCCCUUGCACUUCUGUUUCAAAACGAGUCUAAGUGCGAAACUAUCCUUAUGAAAAUGACUUUGAUUUGCAUGAAAAUGAACCUGUAGGCGGAACUCAUUUUCAUAUGAAUGGUUUCACACUUAGACUCGUUUUGACACAGAGGCAAAAGGCAACUUGGAAAUGGCCUAUUAUUAAUUUGCUUCAGAAUUAGUUUAAUGCAGUUUUUGCCCUGAAUAACUGGCUACAGGUUACAGUUGAGUAAAAAUAAUAUGAGCUGUACUGUUAAUCAAUUUCACUACUCAUUGAUGGUAAAAUGUGUCUUCCAAUAACAAAGAGACUUGUUUAACUCGAAUACAUGGCUUACACAGAACUGUGCAUUCUUUAAUGCCACCCACCACAAUGUGCAGUUGCAGAAAAUAUCCAUAUCCCCUCACAGAAGAUAUAGGAAUUUUCUGGGGGUGGGGGUUCUCUAAGAUCAAAAAAUUUAAAGAAAUGUAUGAACCUUAAUUAGAAUCUCCUGAGGGAUGGGGUGUCUUGGAAAAAGUCCCUUCUGUUGGGGAGGUAGGGAUAUUUUCUAGAAUAAACACUGUCAGUAGUAAAUUUGAUGGGCUGAAGAUAAGUUAAGAUAAGAUAACACCCAGAGUAAAAUCAGGCAUUUUCUUGUCAUGUAUAGCAGUACUUGCUAAUUGAGUCCCAGCACAUAGUAGAAGUACAUUGUACAGUCACACCAGUACGUAUUAUACACCAGUAUUAUAAAGAAUGAUUUGCAUGUUUUAUUAAACAGCUUUAGGUCAGUAGUUACCGACAGUAUUUGCCGAUAGUGAAGAACUUGUCUGUUUAUUGUAUGCUAAUAUAAUUAUUGGAACAAAUAUACAAAACUGUUGCUUUUACUACACAUAAAGUAAUUUGAUUGAUUGGUCUUAAUAACCAUAGACAAAUCUUAACAUGUCUUUAAAAAUAAAUUUGUUCUGCUGUGA